AUGGCAAAAAAGUGGAGGGGGGUCAUUGUCGAGUUCCAGAUGUACACCAUGAGCAACUUUAUUGUAAUUAAGGAAACCAAUCCUAUGAAGAGAGUGACACUGAGGAUACGGAUCCUUACUUUCUCACAUAGGACCUGGGUUGAUUAUGUUGCAAAUUCAAAUUUCCCACUUGAGCCUUUCCGCUUUAGGACGAUACCACAACUCAUCAAUGCUAAAUGGUUUCACGACAAUGAGUUAUUUGACCUUAUUGGUGAGGUUGUUGCAAAGGAGGAUAUAAAAGAUUUAAUCACAACUAAAGGAAAAGGAGACAAGAUGUUCGGUGGUAGUAUUGCAAGAUCUCAAGUUCUGAAGCUUACAAAAAAUAUAAGAUUGUCACUAGGUGAAAACAACAACAUACAAGAACUUAGAAAUUUUGCAGAAUGGCUACUCAAAAUUGGUGAUGGUUUGGCUGGUGAUACAACAAAUGGUGAAUCGAUUGUACAUAUACCAUCUGACAUUUUGGUUAAGAACUCUAAGACAACUUUGGAUGACCUCAUUGAUUUUGUGUAUCCAGAUAUGUUAUCCAAUUUAUCCGUUGAAAAUUAUUUCAAGGAUAGAGUAAUUCUUGCAUCAACUCUGGAUUGUGUCACUGAUAUCAACAACAAGAUGACUGCAGGGUUACCCGUACAAGAAAGAGUCUACUUAAGUUCUGACUCUGUGUGUGUUAAGGAAGGAAAUAUGGAAUUUGAGUUAGAUACUUUCUCACCAAAGAUUCUAAAUAGAAUAAAUUGUUCAGGUCUACCACCACACAAGUUGGUUGUGAAGAUUGGCGCUCUUGUUAUGUUGCUGCGGAAUAUAGACCAAACUAAUGGUUUGUGCAAUGGAACAAGAAUGCAAGUUAGAAGAAUGAGAAACCAUGUGAUAGAAUGCAAGACUUUAACCGGUAACAAAGCUGGAAGUAUUGUUCUUAUCCGAAAACUGAAUCUAAUUCCAAAUAACGAAACAUUACCGGUCAUGUUUCAAAGAAGACAAUUCUCAAUUAUUAUGUCAUUUGCAAUGACAAUAAAUAAGUCUCAGGAACAAACUCUAUCAAAAGUUAGAAUAUACCUUCCAUGGCCAGUUUUCACCCGUGGUCAAUUGUAUGUUGCGUUAUCAAGAGUAACGAGUAAAGAUGGUCUGCGAGUGCUGUUACAAGAUCACGGACACUUAGAAGAUAACUGCACGAUGAAUGUUCCGUUGCUGCCUCUAGUCACCGGAAAACCACCACUACUCCUUCUGCCCUGCCCCUGUUUCGUUAGGAAUAAACUGUUGUUGUUCGGUGUUGAUGUUGCUGCAGUUGCAGUUCCAAACCCCAUUUGUCACCAACCACAGCUGCCAUUGCUGGAGCUCACCGGAGCUGCUGCUAUGCCGUUCCUUCUUUUAUUCUUAACUUCAGUAAGUUGUUCUCGCCUCGAAACCCCUUUAGUUGCUAUUCCGUCAUCUUACACUGAGGUUUUGUCACGAUAA